AUGACUGAUAUCUCAGGAACACCUUCUUUAGGGAAUCCCAUCUGGUUAAAAACAUCCACUUUGACUCUGAAGCACACUUUAUGCCAGAGGACUGUCAAAGUCCUCCCGCCUCCCUCUCUCCUCGAGCUGAAGAAACACACCGUCUGCAGUAUCAGGAGCAGCGCUGGUCGGUGGAGCCACGGCACUGGUCCCAGAUCAGUGCAGAGGAAGGUCUUGGCCUGUUUGGAGCCUUGCAGACAGACAAAUAAACUCAGUAAACAUGAUGAAGUAAGAAUUGGAAAGUACAACAAGCUUUUCCACACCGAGCAGCUGAUCUCUGGAAAGGAGGAUGCAGCCAACAAUUACGCUCGAGGCCAUUACACCAUCGGGAAAGAGAUCAUUGACGGAGUCAUGGAGCGUGUUAGUAAAAUGUCAGACCAGUGCACCGGCCUUCAGGGCUUCCUGGUCUUCCACAGCUUCGGCGGUGGCUCUGGUUUCACCUCUCUGCUGAUGGAGUGUCUGUCUGUCAACUACGGCAAGAAGCUGGAGUUCUCCAUCUACCCAGCUCCCCAGGUUUCCACCGCUGUGGUGGAGCCCUACAAAGCCAUCCUGACCACCCACACCACUCUGGAGCACUCUGACUGUGCCUUCAUGGUCGAGAACGAAGCCAUCUUCGAUAUCUGUCGUCGCAACAUGGACAUUGAGAGUCCUAGUUAUGUUAACUUUAACAGAUUGAUCGGUCAGAUUGUUUCCUCUAUCGCUGCCUCCCUUCGUUUUGAUGGAGACCUCAAUGUCGAACUGAUGGAGUUCCAGACCAAACUGGUCCCGUUUCCACGUAUCCACUUCCGUCUGGUCACCUACUCGCCCCUUAUCUCAGCUGAGAGGGCGUACCACGAGCAGCUGACUGACCGAGAUCACCAACGCCUGUUGAGCCAACCAACCAAUCAGAUGGUCAAGUGUGACCCUCGUCACGGCAAGUACAUGCGAGGUAAUGUCGUCCCCAAGGAAGUAAACGCUGCCAUCCCAGAUAGAAAAACCAAGGAAGUUGGCAUCAACUACCAGCCGCCCACUGUAGUUCCUGGUGGAGACCUGGCCAAGGUCCAGAGGGCUGUGUGCAUGCUGAGCAACACCACUGCUAUUGCAGAGGCCUGGGCUCGACUUGACCACAAUUUUGAUCUGAUGUACGCUAAGCGUGCCUUUGUUCACUGGUAUGUGGGUGAAGGUAUGGAGGAGGGAGAGUUCUCUGAGGCCAGAGAGGACAUGGCAGCUCUGGAGAAGGAUUAUGAGGAGGUUGGAGCUGAAAGCCCCGAUUCUGAAAAUGACGACGAAGGCCAAGAAUACCGAACCUUGUGA